AUGGGAGACAUUCUGAAGCAAGCUGGCAUGUCUGAUUGCAAACCACAUGCUACUCCGGCCUCGAUUUUUCGGGUUGAGUCUUCUGAUGAGCUGUAUGAAAAUCCUACUCAGUAUCGCAGUCUAGCAGGUGCCUUGCAGUAUCUUACUAUUACCCGGCCAGAUUUAUCUUAUGCGGUAAAUCAUUCUGUCAGUUCAUGCACGUACUCUCCUACAGUUGGUCAUUGGGAGCUUCUAAAGCGCAUCUUGCGUUAUUUCAAGGCUACUGUUUCUUUGGGUUAUGAUUCGGACUGGGCUGGCUGUUCUGUCGAUAGGAAGUCUACCAGUGGUUUUGCAGUGUUUUGUGUUUUGAAUUUGGUGUCGUGGGUCUGUCACAAGCAGAGAACGGUUGCUCGGUUGUGUAUUGAGGCUGAGUACAAGGCGCUUGCAGAUGUUUCGGCGGAGGUUACUUGGAUUGUGUCAUUAUUACAAGAGAUUGGUUUUCCUCCUGGCGCUACGCCGCGCUUGUGGUGUGAUAAUCUUGGUGCGACGUAUCUUUGUGCUAAUCCCGUGUUUCAUGCGAGGACGAAGGACGUUGAGAUCAAUUUUUACUUUGUCCAGGACAAGGUGGCUUCUGGGGAGCUGCAGGUUAGUUUUAUUUCCACCAAAGACUAG